GCGAUUAGGUAUUUGUUGUAUUAUAUUGUGUUCUACUCUUACUCUGCCCUGCGGAUUUGAGAUCUCUGAUUCCUCCGUCCUUUCUUCUGGUUUCGAUCUGGUAUAUUCUUCGUUCUCAGAUUUUGUUUGCCAGACACGAGUUUUAAUCGAUGGAAUGGAGUCCAAAUUGUUUAGGGCUGUAAAUUUUGAUUUUGAUUUUUGUUUCUUAGUCGAAUUCUAAUGAAUUUCGACUUUAGUUAUGGUGUUGGAUUCGAAAUGUGUACUUUCAAUUUGAGCAAACUCCAUCUACAGGAGAAUAUGGCAACUAGGGGUCAAGGUGGUAUCCAACAAUUGCUUGCUGCAGAGCAAGAAGCUCAACACAUUGUCAAUGCUGCCAGAAAUGCAAAAUUGGCUAGACUGAAACAAGCCAAAGAAGAGGCUGAAAGGGAAAUUGCUGCAUAUCGAGCCCAAGUCGAGUCUGAAUUCCAAAGAAAACUCACUGAGAGUAGCGGAGAUUCGGGAGCUAAUGUUAAGCGGCUCGAAGUUGAGACAGACAUAAAGAUUCAAAACCUGAAAGAAGAGUCUGCUAGAAUUUCACACGAUGUUGUGAACAUGCUCCUGAAGCAUGUGACAACCGUGAAAAAUUGAACUUCUUGAUCUUAAAAGGUUGCAGUAAGAACCUCUAAAUUAUGUUAUUCUUUUUGUGGUGCCUGGAAACGGCUUAAAUUGCAUGUGUAUUAUGGAGAUGAAAUCCCUUCCUUUGUAUGGAAUCAGUCAGCAUUUUGCAGACUGCACUCUGUUGUUGAAUAAAACAUAAUUUCAUUCAAUGUUCAGUGCUAUAUUUU